GUAUGAAGUUAUUCAACCUAUGCCGAAAACACUUCUAAAAAUUGAACCGAAUGGAAGUUAUUCUGGAAUGAUAGGACACAUAAUUAAUAAAGAAGCAGACAUGUCCGCUUUUCCUCAAUAUAUGAGUAUAGACGUCUUUCAUUUGAUUGAUUAUACUUCAAUUAUUCGGGUGCUGCCUAUAAAAUUCGUAAUUAAACAACGGAAAUCGAAGCCAAAUUGGGAAACUAUUUUUAGACCAUUUACAUUUGAGGUAUGGUUAUUACUCUUAAUGUCGUUUGUAUUAACUGGAAUUGUUUUGUCUCAAAUUAUAAAGAAGGCAAAUAAUCUGCACGAAUGGAAAGAAUAUUGGACAAUGAAGAAAAUCAUUUGGUUUUUGUUUUCAACUAUUACUUACCAAGGAUUUAAUUUAGAUUACGCUAUUCGAGUUUCAUUAAGGAUUAUAAUCGGAGUUUGGCUAAUUACCGUGCUUGUCCUGGGAUAUGGAUACAGUGGAGUUUUAAUAUCUUUCUUGACUGCUCCAAAUUACGAACGGAUUCCAAGAAAUUUUGAUGAAUUAGCUUCUGCAGUAGAAAGUGGCGACUUCUCUUGUGGUACAUCUAACUUUGCAAAAGACUUGUAUUUUAAGGGAAAUAAAUCUGCAAUUUCGAAAACAUUAGGCGAUCACAUCAAUCAAAAAAGCAAUUAUUUGAAUGUAGAGGAUACUGCCGAGAAAAUAAGUAACGGUCGUUUUGCUUAUAUAGAAAACAUUGAAUACAUAAACAGCGUCACCAGGAAGGAUCUGAGUGGAAAAAUAAUAACGAGUGAAGAUCAACUUAUAUCGUAUCCCGUAGCCUAUCUCCUAAGAAAAGAUUUCCCCUUACGUUGUUUGUUUGAAAGUGGAAUAACGGAAUUCCUCAGAAGCAAAGAGGAAGGAAAUAAAUCUGCAAUUUCGAAAACAUUAGGCGAUCACAUCAAUCAAAAAAGCAAUUAUUUGAAUGUAGAGGAUACUGCCGAGAAAAUAAGUAACGGUCGUUUUGCUUAUAUAGAAAACAUUGAAUACAUAAACAGCGUCACCAGGAAGGAUCUGAGUGGAAAAAUAAUAACGAGUGAAGAUCAACUUAUAUCGUAUCCCGUAGCCUAUCUCCUAAGAAAAGAUUUCCCGUAUAAGAAACACGUUAAUAGUUAUAUCGACCCCAAGGAGUCGAUAUAG